AUGUGUGGAGGAUGGACUCGAAUAGAUUCUGUGUGCCAAGGUGGUGAUGGCAAUGCAUCUUGGGUGGAGCCCUUCAGCUUGCAAGGCUUUUGGCCCUUUCUGCUCAGUGGAGCCGGUAGCUACUUGUGGCCCAUUUUGGCAGUUCUUCUUGGCUUGUUAGCAGCCGGUUUGAUCAUCUAUGUCUACACGAAUGAUGCCGUCCCAAAGCCUUUCUGUGGCUUGCAGUUGCCUACAUUCCCAGGAGUCCAGGAAGAGUACUACUACUGGGGCUGCUUUGCAGCAGCAGUCCUUCUGAGCGCUGUGUUGCUCCUGAAUUGUGUGCUUUCUUUUUCAUCCGGCUUUGGUGGCAAUGCCUUCAACUGGGCCGCUUCAGAAGCUGGCCAAAUUGUGGGCGGAGUGCAGACGAGCGUGACAGAUGUCGAUGGUGUCAGUUUCAGUGCGCAGACGGUGACGGCGGACUUGAAUGAUCUUUACAAGAUUUGUCCGCCUUCCAUCGAACAGAUGCUUGGCAGCUCAGUUUCAAGAGUCAAGGAGGACAUCUCAAAAGCCUCCAGUGAAGCUUCGCUGGCAGUCAAGGCCUUGGAAGACUUCCCAGCUUUGGUGCAGAGCGGCAUUGAUGACCUCAGAAGUUUGUCCAUGUGGCUUCCAAUCUUUGCUGGAUUAAACCUAGCUGCAGUGCUGGUAUGCGCUGGGGCAGUUUGGCUUCAAUUCUUGGCAAGCCAAAAUGCCAGGGUGAACAAACGACUCACAAACAAAAUGUCAGCAUCCGCGUUGAGGCUGAUCCUACCUGCAUGCGUGUCCUCCACGACUCUAGUUCUCUGUGCUGCAGCAGCUGCUGAGCUCUCGACUGCCAGUGAUGUGGUGCGGUUUUGCGGUGGCAGUGGGCCAGAUGCGAAACUCCUCGAGAUUGCGGAGCAGUCUGCUGGAAAAAGCUCGUCCUCGUACAGCAUUGCUGAGCACUACUUGACCGGCUCAGUCCCAAACCCUGCUUCGGAGCAUUUGGAGCUGGCCAAAGCAUCCGUAUUGGCUGGAGUUAGCUGGCUCGCUGAGUACAAGACAGUUCUGCAGCAGACCUGCCCAAAGUGGAAAGCAGAGUCCGUAUUCAGCGACCUCAAGAGUUUGGAGCAAAGGUUGAAUGCCACCGAAGCUGUUCUGGAUCCUGUUGGCAUGUAUGGACACUAUCAGCAAGCCACUCAUGUUGCUGCAUGUAGCGGUGGUACGUCUGGCCUUGCUGCUUUGGCCAUGGAGCAAAUCUUCUUAGGUGCCUUCCUCCUCCCGCUGCUAUGCCUCACAACCACGUGGAUGGUGGAUUUCUUGACCAAAGGUGGAGCCUACCAACAGCUUGGCCAAGGAAAAGUUGAGGGUCAGAGUAGUGAUGAUGAGAAGCACGAGGAUCUCAACUCACUCUACUAUGUGGUCUACGCUUUUUCAGUAGUGAUUUUCGCAGUUGGGCUCUGGAUGUAUCUGGUGCCACAGCCGGGCAUGGUGAGACCUGCAAUUGGAACCCUCCUUUUUGCCACCGGCGUUUUUCUUCUGAUGAACUCCGACCUCAUUGUUACAUACUUCCGCCUUCACGAGCAGGCAGCAACUUUCGGUAUUGUGUUUGAGUAUAGCUAG